AUGUCGGACAUCCUGUGCAGGUGGCUAAAUCAGGAGGUGAAGCUGUCCCGGAUAGUGAGUCCAAAGGGACUUGAAAAAGAUUUUUCUAAUGGCUUCCUACUUGGUGAACUUCUGCACAAAUAUGAACUUCAGGAUGAUUUUCCUCUGUUUUCAGAAGGCAGGGUUUCCAAUGCAAAACUUAAUAAUUUUUCUCGCUUAGAACCAACAUUUCAACUCCUGGGUGUUCAGUUCGAUCAAAAUGUGGCCCAGAAUAUUAUGACAGAAAAGCAUGGCUCUGUAACCAUACUUCUUUAUCAAUUAUACAUUGCACUCCAAAAAAAGAGAAAAAGUGGACUCACUGGAGUAGCAAUGCAAACAAUGAGACCUUUAGCACCUGCAAAGCUACAAACUAUGAAAAGUGAGAUUUAUCGAGAGAGACUUAAGAACCUGGUGCCUCGGCAAACUGAUUUGAAUCUAAGACGAGUUUCAGAAAAGUUUGAAGCAAAGUAUAAAAAAAUGGAAGAAAAAAUUGCUCGUGUUCAUUUUCAAAAUAUACGAAAAUUUGAAAAGUUCCAGGAAGAACAAAGAAUUCAAGAUCUUGAAAAGCAGCGUCUGGGAAGAAGACGACAACAUGAAAUGAUGGCUAGAAUCCAAGCAGCCAUUUUACAGAUUCCCAAAGCAGUACCCAAUCGUACUUUGAAAUCUAUUGAGAUCCACAAAAUGAUGAUGAAGAAAAAAGAGGAAGAAGAUGUGCUGAAUGAAAUUCAGAAGUUUGAAAUGCUAAUUAAAAAGGAGCUUGAGGCCAAAGGCAGUGGAUCAAAAGUUCCUUCGGCAGCCCAGACAACUGCUGACUUGUUAAGCACAUAUUCAGAUGAGGAAUACAUUAAAAAAAUUCAAAAACGUCUAGAGGAAGAUACCUUAGCCCGGGAACAAAGGGAGAAAAGACGCAGGAAGUUGUUAAUGGAUCAAUUAAUAGCCCAUGAAGCACAAGAGAACUUGACUGGGGAGUGGGUCCUCCCAGAAGAAAUGGCUGAUGUUCCCCUACCUUCCAACAAUAACAUAUUGGGUCAUGUGAUUCGUGUAGUUCAUGAAAAAGUUUACCCUCCAAAACCAGCAUCUGUUCCAAUUCAGUUACCUUCAUCUUCAAUUAAAGGGUGCAUGCUGGGCAAGACAUGCAGUGGGAAAACCAGCUGUCUAAAGAUUUUAGAAGAAGCUUUCCAUAUUGAGACACUUUCUAUGGAUACUCUGGUUCAAGAUGCUAUUCAGGCUUUCCUUAGAAAUGAAACUGUAACUGAGGUGGAUACACAGAAAGAAGAAAUAACAGAAGUUCAAGAUAAUAAGGAUUCAAGAACCAUGACUAUUGCAGAAAUAGUUUCUACUGAUGAACAAAAAGAUGCCCCACCAGAAGUGGAAGUGAUUAUUAAACCACCAUCAACCCAAGAUGUGAGAAUAAGACUUAGUAAUCGUGCUCAACUUGGUUCAAAAUGUGAAAAGUUGCUCAAGAAAGGAAGAAGUAUCCCCGAUGUACUGCUAGUUCAAAUCAUGGUGAAUGCUAUUAAUCAAAUAUCAUCAGAAAAAGGAUGGAUCUUGGAUGGUUUUCCAAUGACCAUAAAUCAAGCAAAACUUCUUGAGGAAGCCCUUACAGGGUUCAACGCAGAUCAACCAGAACAUGAUACGAAGACUCACAGAAAAUCAACUUUGGUUUUUGAUCCAUCUGCUCCCAAAGAACUCCCUCCUCCCCCACCUGCAUUCGAUUUUGUUAUGUUGUUGGAUAUAACUGACACAUUGGUGCUGAAUCGUGUGAUGGGAGAGGAGAAAAGAACCACUGACACGACUGGAAUACCAGAAAGUGCAACUUCAGAAAUGUUUCCUGAAGAACAAGAAAAGUUUGAACUCUUGAGGGAUCAGAUACAACACAGAAUUUUAGGUUUCUUGGACAACUGGCCAGAACUGGAAAAAUGGUUUUCAGAAAAACAAGACAUUCUAAUCACAGUCAAUGCAGAAGUAGAUAAAAGGGCUUUAGCCACAAAAGUACAAGAGCUUUUUAUUGCUGAAUUGAGGAAAAAAGAAGCUAAAGCAAAAAAGAAAUUAGAAGAACAGGAAGAUGAAAAGAAAAAGAAAGAAGCCCUCCCUCCUGAACCUCCAACUCCACCUCCCCCUGAACCAGAAGAAAAGGAGAUAAAGGAAGUAAAAGGGAAAGGAAAAGGGAAAGGUAAAGGUGCUAAAGAAGCAAAAGGAAAGAAAGAAACUUCUCCCAAGGGCAAAGAUACUGGUAAAGAAGCAAAAGCACAGAAAAGUGAAACUUCUUCCAAAGGCAAAGGAAGGUCACCAGACAAGAGAUCACCUGAAGAUAAAACAUCACCUCCUGCAGCUCCAGGACCACCACCAGUCAAACCAGGGUCAGAAGACUGGGUCUAUGUGGAUGAGCCACUUCCUCAGGUGGAACUUAACCGUUUCCAGGACAUAAAGACUUUUCUACAAGAUUACUAUAGGGGAAUGGAAGGAAAAAUCCCCACAGACCUUGCUAAAUCUGGAUACACUCGAGUACCCCUGAUAGAUCUUGAAGAAGAGGAAAUGGAAGCCACCUCCAAAAUUCCUGUAAUUCCACGGAGACAGCCCUCUCCUGAAGGGCUGUUAAGCAAGCCCAGAAGUAAACUAUCCCUGAGAGGAGGCAGGCCUGAUUACUGCAUAGAAAACGUUCAACUUAAAUUUGAAAGAGAUGAGAAGACCGUUUUGAGUAUAUGGCAGAAUACAUCUUCAGCCAUCAACCUCUUGGUAAAUUCUGAAAUGCAGUUGAGGAAAUUAGAAGAUGAUAGAGAAAACAAACCAACCUCAACUAAAGAAAAAUCUCCUCAAGACGGUGGCAAAGGUGCUAAAGGUGCUAAGAAAAAGCCAGAAAAGAAGAAAGCUCCAUCACCAGUUGAAGCCGUUUCCAUAGUUCUAACACCAGAGGAACAGGAGGCGCUUGAUAAGAGGAAUGAAUUGAAAAUGAAAAUAAAGGAAGAACAUAUUACAGCUCUUCAAUGUGAAGCGCAAGCUUCAAUAUUCCGACUGGAACUGAUCAAGAUAAAGGCCCUAUCUUACAUGGAAGAGCUGCUAGGAAGAGCAAUUGAGGUUUACAAACUGAUGGACAAAUGGCUCGGAGCCAGAUACUUAGCUGAAAUGGCAAGUGUGGAAAAAUUAACUGAAGUGGCUCACUACCACAUUGAAACCUCAACAAGGAUUCAGAAUGAACUUAUUUUAAAUGAUGAAGAUUUCUACAUCAAUGGUGAUGUGAAAGUCUUUCCAGAUCCACUUCCUCCUGUCCGGCCUCCACCUGUGGAGAAAGAAAUGAAUACUUUUCUCACUCUCGAACAACUCAACACCCUUCGAAAAGAGUUUAUGCAGAUGGCACCAAAAGCCAAAACACCAUGGAAGUAUUUUAAAAAAGGAGGCUCUUCAGUUGAUACUAGAAGACAUGCUGAGGAAAAGAAAAGGCUAAGAAAUCUUGACUAUUACCUACCUAAGAGGAACAACCAAUUUUUGAAAAUUUGGCUAAAAAAAUACCCCUGGCUCUUGUAUGAUGACAGUUCAGACCUAAUGUUCUGUGGCUUGUGUCGCAAACAUGGGGUGAACUCAGGGGGGAACCAAGUUAGUUUUUUUUAUGGCACCAACAACUUUAGGACUGAAUUUCUCCAAGCACAUGACAACAGUGAGGCACACACCAAGGCUGUUCUAGCAGAAGCAACAGGGGUCUCUUCCCUGACUGAUGCUGCCAAAGAGCAGAUGCUAAAGAAUAGGAACAAAGUUAUUUUGGGAAGAAUAGAAAACCUCUUUAGAACAUGUCAUGCUAUUGCCAAGACUGGACGUCCUCUCAAAGACUUUGUCUGGAUGUGUAAACUGGAUGAUAUGAAGGGUGUAGACGUUGGCCCAAUAUUCAGAACUGACAAGUCAGCCAGGACUUUCAUAUACUUUAUUGCCGAAGUAGAACGUAUAUCUCUUCGAGAGAAAUUAGAAAAAUGUAAGUUCUUCUCACUCAUCAGUGAUGGUGGCUCAGACAACUUCAUAGAAGACACGAAAGUUGUUUAUAUACAGUUUGCAUAUGAGGGCAAAGUCUGCUGUCAGGUUGUUGGAGUGCAGACUGUGGACAAGAUUGAACCUGUAGCAAUAAAAAGUGCCAUUGAAAAGACACUCGAGAUGAAUCUUCAACUAAAUCUGUCUAGCAAAGAUUGGUCCAAAAAACUUGUUGGGUUUGGGAGUGAUGGUGCAUCUGUCAUGGUGGCAGAGAACAAUGGUGUGGCCAGGCUUCUGAAAGAAAUUCAGCCAUGUGUGCAAACAGUCCACUGCUUUGCACAUAGGCUUGAACUAGCCUACCAAGAAGCAUUGCAGAGCAUCCAAUUAUACAGAACUAUGAAUGAUCUUCUCCAGAAUAUAUAUUAUUUUUACCGUGAUUCACCUUCAAAUACAAAUGCUCUGAUAGCUGCCUUUGAGGACCUUAAAAUCCGCCCUGUGAUUCCCUCUCGAGUUGGCAACAAUAGAUGGCUCCCUCGGUUACAGAUGGCUCUACAAAUCUUUCUCAAAGGAUAUUCUCCAAUUGUCAAGCAAUUAAAAACAAUGCAAGAAGGCAGAAGUUCCACUGAUCAUCAGAAAGCUCAAAAGCUCCUACAGUUCCUUCUCCAAGCUGAGGUUGUCAGAUUUGCUCACUUCUUGCUAGAUGUAAUCAAUGUUCUCAGCAUUUUGUCUCGAGUCAAUCAGGACAGAAAUUCAUCAAUAGGAGAUGUAUUUGCAACCCUACAAUCAACACUAGGAACACUCAACAUGUAUAAAAAAAGACCAGGUCCAAAGGAACGUCUGGCAGAGUCAGCCACACACUUUCAUGGUAACCAACUGACAGGAAAUGGAAAUAUCUCUGAAGUACGGAACACAGUCUUAACAAAUCUCUCAAAGCAUCUUCAUGAUUGUUUCAGUGAUGCCAGCCAUGAUGUGGUUAGGGCAACCACUAUUGGAAGUUUCAAAUUAUGGCCAAGAAAGAUAGAUCAAGAGUUUGGUGAGAAAGAGGUAUCAAUUCUUACAAAGCAUUAUGAGCCUGUGUUGGAAGGGGCCAAUGUGAAAAUUGAUGAAGUGGACACAGAAUGGAGUAUGAUGAAACUAGAGAUUUAUGAUCGAUUUCAGAACAUCCGAAAGUUAACCUGGGAUAUUGUGAAUUCCAUCUACUCAUACAAGUAUCCCAAUAUAUUGACCCUAGUGGAUCUGGUGCUGACACUCCCUGCAAGUUCAGCUGAGGCGGAACGUGGGUUCAGUCAGAUGAAACUAACCAAGUCACAAAUGUAUUUUAAAAUGGGUCCUGAGAACAUGACAGACAUUUUAAUAAUCCAGUUGAAUUCUCCAGACAUCAAUAAGUUUGACCCCAAAAAAGCCAUCCACCUAUGGAAUACUUCUUGGCAAAGAAAUACACUUCCACCAGUUGACCACACUAUAACCAAUUCUGAUUGCUCCUCUAGCUCUGAUAGUCUUUAUGAAAGUGAUUAG